GGGAGAGAAGAAGGGAAGGAGAAAAUGCCGAUUGAGGGCCGGAAUCGUGUGAAGGAGGGGUUCGUCACCCUGAGGAGAGGCAGAUUCUGGAGGUGGGCAAGUGCAAAACGAGAAGCAGAUUGAAACAUGAAUGUACGGCGUCGUACGGUCCGUUCAGGCAACGAUAUGCGGUUGUGGAGGGCAACGAAGCCACCCUCAGAUACUACCGCUCGCCGAGGGUAUGCAAACACGUAGUGAUGGCUGUCACGUUCUCACGUGUGGCUGUCUGCGCGUUCAGGACACCAUCCCCGCUGCAGAGUAUGACCUGAGGCGUGUGGUGUUCGCCGACGGGGGCACAGACCGCACUUGCUUCAUUCUGGUGAGCAAUCACGCAGUGCCAGGAUUCGCCUGCACCACAGUGCUGAUCUCUGGCUCCCCUGCCUGGUCCCUUGUCGUGCAGAAAAUGAUUGAUCCAGAGACGCAUGAAGAGCUUCAGGUGACAUCCACGCACCGCUCACACACGAGGCUCCUCUAUGCACCAUCUGCGUUGUGCGUUGUGUGUUGUGUGUUGUGUGUGGUCAGCUGCGUUUCGACCGGCCCGACGAGUACGAUGAGUGGAUGCUGGCGCUGUGCCACUCGUCCAAGCUCCUCGCACCCCCACCCUCACACAAACCACCCACCACCGCCAGCAGCACCGCACGAGGGGGUGCCGCCACCAUGCCGUCAUGCCUCGAGAUGUCCUGCCAGAACAGACACGUGCCACCACCGAUGGCUGCAUGGUCCGUCCAGAGAAGAAACACGUAGAUGUCUUUGGCAUGUGUCCAUGUGUGUGUUGUGUGAGUGUUUGCAGUGUGUCCGAGGUGCAGCGGUGGAUAUCGUGUGUGGACUGGCGGCUCGUCAAGGCCGACCAGGGGACCCGGCUGUUCCUGAAGAGGGCGGAUGUGGACGAGGGCAUGCUGCCCGACCCCACCGUGGCCAACGACAAACAGAAACACAUGAUUUUCGCCAAACAGGUGCCUAGAGAGGAAAGAGAAAGAGAAUGCCGAGUCGCCUGAAUUGUGGCGGAUCUUUCUUCGUAUGUGUGUCAGGGCGUGUCAUUUUUGCUCGAUGAGGACAGCGCCAACAUGUGGUCCGUGCUCGCCUCGUUCAUGCUCUUCUGGCCGCUCGUCGCCGUCUUCUUCUCCUGGACACAGGCGGCCGUCAUCACCCUCAUGCUGGUCCUCCUGAUGGCCAAGCGCUUCCACCGCUUCUGGACGUGGCUUCUCAACACUUACCACAGACUCACCACCCGCAAAACAGACGCCAAGGGUGCCAAAGGACGCCCCAAGACGGACAGGAAGAAGGCGGCGCCGCGACGGAGGCCGGCUGGCGCUGGUGUGGAGGGUGGGCUUGGGAUGGGGCGGCCCGUGGCACAGCCGCCGUGCGAGAAGCCUUUUGUUGUCAAGGCCACGUGUGUGGUUAGCGGGGUGCCGGAUCUCGUAAGGGCGGUUCUCACCGAACCGAAGCUCAGGUCAGGAGACGAGUACAAUUGGGAGAUGGAGACGGAUGGGUGCAUAAUACCCUGUCUUUCCUUCCUUCCUUCCUUGUUUGUGUGCAGGUGUGAGUGGGACCCGUUGGCCACUCGCUGUGAGUGCGUGGAGCGCCGCAGCCCCUACGACCAGACACUCGCCCUGCACGCACUGCAGACGCUGCCCAACGGACGAACCACGCUCAGGUCAGUCAGAGACUACUCACUGCAUGAAGGCGAGAAGAAUGUUCAUUCUGUGUCCAGGCGGUCUCUGCUUCGCCAGCUGGUGUUGCGCUGUGACGAGAGGACCUACGUCGUGAUCGAGAAGCUGCUGCCGCCUCUCAAUGCCGAUGAGGGUGACACCAGGAACGACAACGGCUGGCAGGUACGUCCAAAAGACCGGUAUACACACACGGGUCACUUUGACACGCCUUCCGCUGUGUAUCUGUGUGUGCAGUGGGUGGACUAUGAUUACCCCCUGAGCGGCCCCCCCGAUCCAUCCCUCACGCCCACCUACCCCUUCCGCGCCUACCUGAUCGAGUCAUGCCCCCCCGACCUCUCAUUCCCUUCCCCGUCACCAGCAGCCCUCCCCCUCACCACAACCAUCACCCGCCUGACGUCCUUCAUCUUCUUCCCCAGCCGAUCCAUCGCUCUCGAGGAGGCGUUGGGUGUGGGUAUCGGCAGGGACAUCACCUGCCCCAUCGCUCUUGGGGGGCUGCUCUUCACCCUCCCACCUUCUCAGUGGACGCCAUUGACCAUCCUGGCGGCCGCGAACGGCGGCCCUCUGCAGCCGCCCGGCCACUCCAUCCCCGCCGAUGCGCUGAGAGAGGCCGAGAACAACAGCACCACGAGUGAGGAUGCGCCUGGUGAGGGUCGUGAGGUGUUCUAUGACCCUGUGGAGGCCCCCAGUGGCGGCGGGUACAUGAACUUCCGCGGAUGGGUGGAGGGACUGGAGGGCUUGAAGAGUGUUGUGGCCUUCCGGGCUCCUCUCGCCGGUGUCGUGCCCAUGGUCGCGCACACCAGAGGCGGCGACAAGUGAGAAGGAUAGCUCAGCAGCCAGCAAACUUAGGUACAGCUUCCACAUGGCAUGUCUUCCUUGGUUCUCUUCUCUUCUCCGUUCAGGAUGUCCGACCGGUUUGGUCUGCAGGGCGGCCGUGGUGGCCGUUUGUCGGACGAUGUGAGCACCACCACUGCGCUGCAUCUGGAGGACACAGACGAGAAUGACUCCACCAGCCAGACACCGCAAGAAGACAAGGACGACGGGGAGCGACAACCACAGCCACACCCACAGCCACAUGUGCACGAACACGCACAGCCGGCGGCUGGUGAGUGGGAGACGGGGAGGGCGCUGACACGGAUCAUGGCGAGUGUCCUUCAUAUGCCUCUCGGUAGAUGUCCAAGCGCACGUCCGCGGUGCCGCUGCACAUGCGCAUGUAGAUGCACUUGCCGAGGGCCAUACGUCGGUCACGAGCGCAUCGACCACACCAGUGCCCCCUUCGCCCCCUCGCACAGCACAGGAGACCCGCGCACACCAGCUGACCAACAUGGUAAACACUUGAACCGCUGAAAUUUGCCCAGCUGCUGUCGCUCAUCGAUGGAUGGAUGAGUGUGUGUCCCUGCAGGCCUUUGCCAAGCGGGAGAAGCUGUUAGAGUUUGCGUUGGGCGAGGAGGGCUGGACCGACUGCGGCAUCAGGGAGGGCGUCCAGGUACGCAAAGACGACGACAGAGAGAGGGAGAAUGCUCGGACGACAGAGCUCGCACCACUGCCCUGUCCGUGAUGUGUGUGUGUUGUGUUCCAUGCAGCUGGGUCGCCAUGACAUUCCCCAUGGCCCAGCGGCAGUCCGCGGCCGUCUCAACUUCGGCACCGCAUUCACGGCCAAACAGGUGGCCGACUACAUCCUGCUCCUGGACAGAAAGCACGAGUGGGACGGCAUGUUUGACAAAGGUCGGUUACUGAAGACGACAGAACAACAAGGAGUGCGUCACAGGCACUCACUCCUCUCGUCUGUCUGUUCAUUGAAGGUCAUCUUCUCCAUGUGUUUUGCGAGCAUCUGUUCGUCGUCUACCAGGCCUUCAAGCCUCAGCUGGGCGUGGCUGGCCGGGACUUUGUGUUGCUGGGCCACCGCUUUGAAGACCCGAGCGGCCGUGUGACCAUCACCACCACAUCCAUCGACUGGGGCAAACCGCCAGAACACGCCCUUGUGCGGGCUGACCUACACGUAAGGGCAAUGAGAGAACGGACUUACCAGGAACACAGGAAGAGACUAAGUACGUGUGUGUGGGUGCAGGUGGCUGGCUACGUAUUGCAGCCGCUGCCGGACGGAACCCUGCACGUGACGUACGUCAACCAUGUCGACGUACGUCAAGCAGAUGCAAAACACACACGUGCACGGAGCCAGCGAGGCAUCCAUUGCACUGUUGGUUGGUGCUGGUUGGCUGCUUCAUCCAUCUGUCUGUUCAGGUCAAGGGCAACAUUCCCUCGUUCGUGAUCCGCAUGGUGCAGACCAAGCAGCCCCUCACACUCGCACACAUCAAGCGCAUACUCGACACCCACGGCCCCCCACCGCCACUCAGGCCCGAAAGCAUCAUGGCCGAGAUGCCGCCACCUACUGAAGUGGUGGCGUGAUCGACAUGAAGAGGAGAGGAGAGGGGACGGGCAGGGGGAGGGUUUGUUCGUUGCUGCUAUAAUUUUUCGACCCGUGUGUGUUGAAUCGCAUCAGUCAGUCAUUAUGCGCUGUGGAUGGGCCGAUGCAAUUCGUGAGGUGUUGCUUUGUGGAUGUGCACGGUGGGUCGGGUGGCUCUGCUGUCGAGGACGCGGAUUGAGAGCAGAGUGUCAACUGCUCUGGGUCUAGGUCUCCGAGGGCGUUGGCAUCCGUCGCGUCAUGCAAGAUACACGGAGCCACAGAGACAUGAUCGCAGUCAAUUUUCCCACUGUCGUUUGCAAUGACAAGUGUGUGUGGACUGAUUGCUUUAUUGAUGGACGUCUACAACUGUCUUCUCUACUGAGUGGAUGGAUAUUGACCAUAAAAGCAUUUUUCCUCCC